AUGACGUCAAUGAAAGAAUCAACCUCGAGCUACAGCCAGUUUGCUUGUAUUGGCGCUGGAUUCUCAGGCAUUGCUCUGGGAGUCACGCUCAAGCGAUGGUACAAGAUCACCGACAUUCGUUUCUUUGAACGGCACAGUGACCUCGGUGGGACUUGGUACGCAAAUAAAUAUCCCGGCGCUGCUUGUGAUGUCCCAAGUGUCCUCUACAGCUACUCUUUCGAGCCCAACCCCAACUGGUCUCGAGUUCUGCCUUCACAGGAGGAGCUUUGGAAGUACCAAAAACACGUCGCGGAUAAGUACGAUCUACCGUCAAAGAUGACAUUUGGCGUUGAAGUCCAAAAGUGUCAAUGGAUUGAAGAAAGGAAAAGAUGGGUUCUUGAUGUUCGCGACUACAAGACUGGUGCCAUCUUCCAACACGAAUGCAGGUUUCUCUUUGCAGGAUCUGGUAUACUCGUUACGCCUCGAGAGAUUGACAUUCCCGGCUCUGAAGACUUCAAAGGAUCCAUAUUUCAUACAUCACAGUGGAGGAGCGACGUUGAUGUCAGUGGGAAGAAUGUCGUGGUCAUCGGAAAUGGAUGCACAGCUGCCCAAAUCGUCCCAUCCAUCGUCAACAAGACAAAGCAUCUGACCCAGAUAGUCCGUGCCAAACACUGGAUGCUCCCGCCAAUUGAUGGCCCGUAUACUGACUUCAUGAAGUCGGUCUUCAAAUAUCUCCCAGGCACUAUGAUGAUCCAACGGCUGCUCAUAUUCUUGUUUGCCGAGAUUGAGUUGAAGGCGGUUCCUAUGACGACCUCUGCAGCCAAAUUCCGACAGAAACGACGCGCUUAUGCUGAGAAGUUCAUGAGAGAUACUGCUCCCGCCAAGUAUCACGACCUCCUGAUUCCAGACUUCGAGAUCGGCUGCAAGAGACGAAUCUACGAUUCUGGAUACUUGGCAUCCCUUCACUCCAAGAAUCUGACUCUGACCAACGAGCGAGCUCUCAAGAUUGUCGAGAACGGAGUCGAGACAGAUCGUGGCUUUGUUGAAGCUGAUGUCAUUGUGCUGGCUAAUGGCUUUUCUACCAACACCUUCCUCGAAGGUGUCGAGGUUGUUGGACGAGAUGAAACGUUGACCCAGCAUUGGGAGUCGUUUGGGGGAGCCGAGGCUUAUAAUUGCUCUGCUAUGAGUGGCUUCCCCAACUUCUUCAUGCUUCUUGGCCCAAAUGCAACAACAGGUCACACUUCGGCCAUCAUGGCCAUCGAGAACAGUGUCAACUUUGCACUGCGCAUCCUCAAGCCUGUCCUUGGCAGCCCCAACGGAGUCAUUGAGCUUGAUAGAGAUGCUGAAGAGCGUUACGUCAAUCGCAUCCAGCAUGAUCUGUCCAAGACAAGAGCAGCCGAGUAUGGAAUGCCAUGGUUUAUCCAUAUUCCCAGGGAUACCUGUGGUAUAGAAGCCUGUUUCCUGUUUGGCGAGACUGGAAGAUCACUAACCUCUUCAGUUACAAAAGCACCCGAAUAUCCUUUAGGCAGAAUUCUCUCGAUGCAUCACUUGUGCAGUAUCUUUGCCCUUCUCCUCGUCAGCGCUCGUAGACGGUGGGGAAACAUGCUUGCCUCGAAUCAUGACUACACUCUCACGGACACCAAAGACCUUGCAGUUCCUACGCAUGAGCUUAUCAAGAAUCUUGGAGGCGAAUCCAUCUUCCAGCGAUGCGAUGUGUCAAACAGCUCGCAGAUAGAGAAGCUCGUGUCCAAGGCCGCAUCCAAAUUUGGACGUCUUGACAUUAUAGUAAACACCGCUGGAAUUUUUACGGGUCUCAAGAAUAUUCUUGAAGAAACGCACGAUUAUUUUGACCGUAACAUGCCGAUCAACACAAGAGGGACCUACCUCGGAUGCAAAUACGCCAUCAAGCAGUUCCUUUCACAAUCUGAACCCGCUCCAGACACAUCUGAAGAUACUCAGUCCCACCAUUCUAUUGGCAAGAUCAUCAGCAUUGCUUCAAUGGGCGGCCUGAUUGGUCUGGCCCGAGAACCCUCGUAUUGCGCUUCAAAGGGAGCCGUCGUGAAUCUCACACGUCAACUCGCUGUCGACUUUGGCCCUUCCCGUAUCAAUGUCAACUCUCUGUGUCCUGGAUUCCUGGCUACCGCUAUGGUGAGGCCCUUUAUCGAAGACAAGGCUCUCAACAAAUCUUUGCAUGAUGCUACGCCGUGGCCACGGCUUUGA